ACUGUGGCACUGGGACUGGUCACCUUGGAUUGCAAUGUGGAUGGCACGACCAACGCGGUUAAUCCUCUAGGCCAGGCCAGCUUACUGGGCCAACGUGUGGACCAGGCAUCAGCUCUCAGCUGUUUUUUGAUACACACACAGUCACAAUAAUAAUGUGAAGAAUUUUAGGUUAUAUUUUUUCGUGAGGUAUAAGUAAAUAUUUAUAUUUGUAUUGGGGACAAUAUUCUUUAUUGGAACUACGAUAAUUAUAUUUCAUCAAUAUUUUAAAACUUCAAUUUUCCUUGUCAUUCUUGAAUAAAUGUAUUUGAUUAAUUCUGUGUUAUACUGUAAUAUCAACCAGAACUUGGACACAAAACUUAAACCAUGAACGGACUUUAAAGUUGUUAACAUGAAUGAAAUCUACAUACCUCGAUACCGAUUGAUCCAAGUUCCCAAACCUUAUUAUGUUUAUUCAGUUGAAGUGAUAAUAGAUUGCCUGCAACACAAAGUUGAAAAGCGAUACAGUGCGUUCCACUCCCUUCAUAGAGAGUUGAGAAAGUCUUUCAAGACUCCACCUUUUCCGCCAAAAAGGGUAAGAUGCGCUCAGCCAAAGGUUCUUGAACAGAGACGUCAAAGUCUGGAAAAAUAUCUACAAACAAUGUUCAAAUUUGCUCCAAGUCGCACUCACAUUCUGACUUUCUUGGGAAUCAGCAAAACACCACCUGAAGGGCCUGAGAAAAACAAGAAUCUUGGUCAUCAUCCAGUUUUUUGUGUUGAUCCACAAACCGAUCUCAAACGAAGCAGUCUUCCCGAUAUAAUAACGGAUGGUGUUCUUGAUGCCAUUUACAAGUAUUAAUGAUAAUUCCUACAUCACAUGAAUCAAUGCAUUGAAUCAAAGCUUUAUUUUUACUGCCAUGUAACUAAAAGUUCUCAAAUGAUAAUUAUUGUUUCAAAUUCGCAAAUUUUAAAGAUAUUGUAGUCAUUAGUGCUAGAAAAAUGUAAGUAGAUAAUAAGAUUAAAACUGGCAGCUAAUCUGCAUUUUUAUAGAGUAGUUCCUUAAAAUUUUUAAUUAUAGGGAUCAAAUCAAGAAUUCCUUUUGAAGGGAUUCAGGUAUCUAAUGGUGCAUGUACUUUUCUCAAAUAUGUAGACUUUAUUUUUAAUAUUCAAUAAAAUUGAUUAUUCAAUCA